CGGCUGGCCGCGACUUUGGACAGCGCAGCGACACCUCGAGCUGGGAAAACCUCCGGGGUGCGAACCCUCGCCGGGGCUGCGGGGGCACCCAGGGACUCAGCGGGGACUCCGGCCAUCCGACACGCCCCUUCCCGGGUCCCGGGGCCGCUCUGCGGGGCUCGGUGGGGACCCCCCUGUCUGUGGGACCCCGCCGCUGAGGGGGCGGCACGGCCGGAUCCCCCCCCCCGCCCGGACAGGGACCCACUCGGGUAAACAAGGCAAGGCGGGCUCGGUGCCGGCAGUGGGGGUCACAGGCCAUGGAGCCGAGUCAGGAGGGUGCCUGAAGCUGCCAGAAGGAGUGUGAGGGGGUGAGGGAUAUGGAGCCCCCCAACAGCAGCGUGGCUGGGCCGGCACACUCGUGUUUCGGGGUGUUCAACGCCAGCGACGGCCGCGCCAACGCGCGGAACAGCAUCGCCUCGCCCUGGUUCUCCACGGCCUUCGGCCUCAUCGGCCUCUGCUCCAACCUCUUCGCCCUCUGCGUCCUGCUCAGCUCCUCCCGCAAGCUCUCCAGCCACGCCCGCUCCUCCUUCCUCGUCUUCCUCUGCGGGCUGGUGGUCACGGACUUCAUGGGGCUGCUGGUGACAGCCUCGGUCAUCAUCCCCUACCACUUCAUCAAGUUCCCCUGGGCCGAGGUGGACCCCGACUGCCACCUCUGCAACUUCCUCGGCUUCUCCAUGGUGUUCUUUGGGCAGUGCCCGCUGCUGCUGGGGGCCACCAUGGCCGGGGAGCGGUUCCUGGGCAUCAACCGCCCCUUCUCCCGCUCCACCAGCAUCUCCAAGCGCCGUGCCUGGACCAUGGUGGGGCUGGUGUGGGGCUUCUCCUGCCUGCUGGGGCUGCUGCCGGUGCUGGGGCUGGGCCGGUACACACUGCAGUUCCCCGGCUCUUGGUGCUUCCUCACCCUCCUGCCCGACACCGGCGACAUCAUCUUCUGCCUGCUCUUCGCUCUGCUGGGCAUCCUGUCGGUGCUGCUCUCCUUCAUCCUCAACACCGUCAGUGUGGUCACGCUCUGCCGCGUCUACCACGACCGCGAGUCGGUGCAGCGGCGCCGCGACAGCGAGGUGGAGAUGAUGGUGCAGCUCGUGGGCAUCAUGAUCAUCGCAACCAUCUGCUGGAUGCCCCUCCUGAUCUUCAUCGUGCAGACGGCGCUGCAGCACCUGCCCGGCGGGCGGGCACAGGAGCUGCCCACGGACACGCAGGAGAUGCUGCUGAUCUACAUCCGCAUGGUCACCUGGAACCAGAUCCUGGAUCCCUGGGUGUACAUCCUGUUCCGGCGGGCGGUGCUGCACCGCGUGUACCCCCGGCUGCGCCCCCGGCCCUCCAUCGUGUCCCUCACCCCCUCCCUGCGCCGCAAGCUCACCGCCGGCUCCGUCCUGCAGUAGCGCCCCCGGGCUGGGGGGACACGGCCGGCCCCCCAUCCCGCCCCCUCCGUGGGUCCCCAUCACCUGCAUCCAGGGGCUCUCCCUGCC